GCUCUUUAACGGUCAUUUUAUGUUGAGCUGAAGAUGCAUACAGGGUAAUAUCUAAAUGGGAAAUGAGGCAAGAGAGUGGUACCCUGAGGUGAGACACUAUUCUCCCAACACGCCCAUAAUCCUCAUGGGCACCAAACUGGAUCUGAGAGAUGACAAAGACACCAUAGAGAAGCUGAAGAAGGAUAAGCUCUCUCCCAUUACCUAUACUCAAGGACUGUUCAUGGCAAAAGAGACUGGUUCUGUCAAGUACCUGGAGUGUUCAGCUUUGACUCAGCGUGGACUUAAAACUGUGUUCAGUGAGGCCGUCCGGGCCGUCCUGUGUCCUCCACCCAUCAAAAAGAAGGGGAAGAAGUGCUCUCUCCUCUAAGACUUCCUUCACUGGAACAGUUACAGGGAAACAUGACCACUAGUGACAAACUCUCCAGCCAUGCUCUGCUGCCAGCUACUUUUGGGGUUUUCAUCUUUGUGUGGGUGAGAUGUUGCCAAAUCUGAUUAUUUUGACGUGUUUCCUGACUCUUCGCUGUGC